AAGCCUCAUGUUUCAGUAUGUGUGGAAGUAGAACAGGCUGCGGCAGAAGCACUGAAUUAAAGCUCACGUCUGAGGCCAGAGGACGGUUCAUUACACGCGUCCACUAUUGUCUUGCAGUUAAUUAUUAGUUAGAUUUUCAUUGUGGAUUUUUUUUUUGCUCCUGGACGAAGCAGCAGAUCACAAGAUUCCAAUCCUGUAAUCUUAAUCCUACAAUCGCAAAUGCUCAAUUAUGCAUCUUAACCCCUUGCACACGAUGCAAACCUGCUGCGGGUAUCUGCGUGCGCAAAGCGCGCAAACGCCGCACUUCUCUUUGCUCGAGCGUCACCUGGAGCGCCAGCAAAGUGUCUCGCAUUCAACAUGUGGCGCCGGUGCGCAAGUCCCGACACAGGACGGGUUUGGUUCGCUCAAGUCAGUGAGGCGUCCUCUCCCGCAGAGGAUCCGCUCCCCCUCGGCUCCCGCAGGGGAGGAAAGCAGCCGCUGGCGCUGGAAGCCAGGCAGGAGCGACACUCCUCCCCUCGGCUGCUCCGCGGAGCCGCAGCCUUCUCCCUCUCCCUCUCCCUCCUCACCCCCUGCUCCGGCUCGCCGGCUUCCUCCACGCCGCACGUUCUCCCGUCGCGAGGGGAGAUUCUCCGCCUCUGCUCGUGUCAUGACCCAGCGGAGCUCUGCGUCGAACGCCACGGGAGCCGCGGUGCCCACGACUCGUUGCCAGCGCGUGGAGCUCGGUUGCAUGAAAUAUGCGAUGCUCGCAGGAUUGGCCGCUUCUUCUGCUGCUGCAUGCAGUGACUUUGGCCGCCGGCCUCGCGCAGCUCCGCGGCUCCGGCGGACUCCGCUCCCUCUUGGCGGAGCCAGGUCAGCGCGGUGCGGCGGGAGACGCGGGUUCGCGCACGGAGUUUGCGCGUGUUGACCGCUGUGUGCCGUUGUGUUCUGCAGGUCAGGCGCCCCGAUCGGACGCGUCCAUUGUCCACCCGGUGAGGACCGACGCGGAUGGAGAGUUCCUCUCCCACUCGCUGUCUCACCACUUCAGGGGAGGACGAGUCCGGCGUGAGCUGCGGCCGCGCGAGGAACGGGUUUACUACAGGGUCGACUACAAGGGCCGAGCUCUGACGUUCAAUCUGACCGCAAACAGCCACCUGCUGUCGAGCGGCUACGUCCUGGAGCGGCGGAACGGCGGCGGCGGCGGCAUCCGGACGGAGCGUCGUCCCCCUGACGGGAACUCCUGCCACCUCCUCGGGACCGUGCGCACGUCUCACGCGCGGGGAACGGCUGCCAUCAGCACGUGCCACGGGCUGAGAGGCUUCUUUUCUCUACCAGAGGGGCAUUAUUUUAUUGAACCUGCUCCUAAGUCUCCGGACCAUCCUGCAGGGGCUCCCGAGCCUCACGCUGUCUACCCAGGAGACGCCACAGCAACUAGGAGGAAAAAACGCAGCUCGGCGUCCAAAGGCUCCCCGGGACCCUGCGGAGUUCAAGAUGCUCCAAGGGACUCUGACCUGGUGGAGAGGGAGAGGGAGGAAUGGGAGAGGGAGCAGCCAAGGGGGGAGGGUCAGGCUGAGACCCGCUCCCAGCGCUCCGUCAGCAGGGAGCGCUGGGUGGAGACCCUGGUGGUGGCUGACUCCAAACUCAUUGAGUACCAUGGCAGUGAUAACGUGGAGGCCUACAUCUUCACCAUCAUGAACAUGGUGGCGGGGAUCUUCCAUGAUGCCAGUAUCGGCAACGCCGUCCACGUCAUUCUGGUGCGCCUGAUUUUGCUGCAGGGAGAAGAGAAAGGGCUGAAGAUCGUUCACCACGCAGACACCACGUUGGCCAGUUUCUGUGCCUGGCAGAAAAACCUCAACCCACAAAGCGACACGCACCCGGCCCAUCACGACCUCGCCGUGCUGGUCACCAGGAAGGACAUCUGUGCUGGGAUGAACCAGCCCUGUGAGACUCUGGGUCUGUCCCAUCUGUCUGGCAUGUGUCAGCCCCAUCGCAGCUGCAACAUCAACGAGGACUCGGGACUUCCCGUCGCCUUCACCAUCGCCCACGAGAUGGGCCACAGCUUCGGGAUCCAUCACGACGGCCAGGGCAACGACUGUGAGACAGAGGGGAGGCACCCGUUCAUCAUGUCCAGGCAGCUGAUGUACGACAGCUCGCCUCUGACGUGGUCGGCCUGCUCCAAGGACUACAUCACGCGCUUCCUCGAUCGAGGCUGGGGCUUCUGUCUGGACGACCGGCCGUCCAAAAGGGACCUGAGCACUCCGCUUGCUCGCCUCGGCGUCCGCUACACCACCCACCACCAGUGCCAGCUCCAGUACGGCCCAAAUGCCACGUUCUGCCCUGAGAUCGACAACGUUUGCCAGAUUCUGUGGUGCUCAGUGAACGGCUCCUGUCGCUCCAAACUGGACUCGCCUAUUGAUGGCACCCGGUGUGGACCAGAGAAGUGGUGCAUUUCAGGAGAGUGCGUGAUUGUGGGUAAACUCCCAGAGACGGUGAACGGAGGCUGGGGGCACUGGGCCACCUGGUCUCACUGCUCCAGGACCUGUGGAAUGGGAGUUCAGUCGGCAGAGAGGGAAUGUGACGACCCAAAGCCGGAGUUUGGUGGCAAGUACUGCACUGGAGAAAGGAAACGUUAUCGAACGUGCAACACGAAGCCCUGCGAGAAGAGUAAACCCAGCUUUAGAGAGAUGCUGUGCACGGAGUUUGACACCGUGCCCUAUCACAACGAGCUCUAUCAGUGGAUUCCAGUUUCCAACCCAUUAAAUCCCUGUGAGCUGCAUUGUCGACCAGUCGGUGAGAAUUUCUCGGAGAAGAUGCUCGACGCUGUUACAGACGGAACGCCGUGUUUCCUGAACAGCUCCACGAACAUCUGCAUCAACGGAGUGUGCAAGGAGGUCGGCUGUGACUACGGCAUUGACUCCAACGCAGUGGAGGAUCGUUGUGGAGUCUGUUUAGGCGACGGCACAAGCUGCGAAACGGUGCAUAAGCGCUUUGAUGAAGGCGACGGCUUUGGCUACAUGGACGUGGGUGUGAUACCCAAGGGCGCGCGGGACAUCCUGGUGAAGGAAGUGGAGGAGGCAGGUAACUUCCUGGCGCUGAAGAGCGCGUCGUCUGAGGAGUAUUUCCUCAACGGCAACUUCAUCAUCCAGUGGAACGGGGAGUACAAGGCGGGCGGAACCACCUUCCUCUACGAACGCAGCGGGAACAUGGAGAACCUCACGGCGCCUGGACCCACCAAGCAGCCGGUCAUGCUCCAGUUGCUGUUUCAGGAGAAAAACCCCGGUUUAAUGUAUCGCUACACCGUCAAGAAGAGCAGAGACUCCGCAAACGAGGUCACGGGGCCCAUUUACAGCUGGAGACGCGGGGCGUGGACGGGCUGCAGCACCACCUGCGGCGCAGGUGAGCAGCACCAGCCUGUGCGCUGCUUUGAGGAGGACGUGGGCGUCGUGGAGGAGUCCCUGUGCGACGCGGGCAGACGCCCUGAAGACGCCCGUCGGCAGUGCAAGAACAUGGAAUGCCCUGCGAGGUGGUGGGUGGGCGGCUGGCAGCAGUGCAGCGCCACCUGUGGUCCGGACGGGGUGAGGAAGCGAACCGUGCUGUGUGUGCGCACGGUGGCGGGGGAGGAACGCGUGCUCCCCCCCGCGGAGUGCAAGCACCUCCUCAAACCCAAGCCCGUGGUGCCGUGCAACAGAGACGUACCCUGUGGACAGGACUGGGCGGUCAGCAGCUGGGAGGACUGCCCGGUCACGUGUGGAGGUGGCGUGCGCUCACGCACAGUCACGUGCGCUCUGUCACCCAGGAAGCCGUGUGACCUCUCAACCAAACCCCGGUCCAGAUCGCUGUGUGCGCUGCAGAGCUGCCCCAGUUCAGGCUCACGCAGGCGACCCGGGCCCCCCCCGAAGCAACGCCACGCCUACCCCCCUCAGAGCCCCCCCCCCAAGCACCUGGCCCCGCCCCCCUGGGCCACGGUGAACACAGCUGCACCCACAGUGGGGUCCACAACAGCCACGGCAGAGACCACAGCGGCUUCAGUCCCAGCCACUACAUCCCUGUCAUUGCCUAAAAUGACAGUCAUACACAGCGACGAUGACUUCAGUGUCAGAGUGAGAAAUAAUGGGAGUCGGAAUUUUCUUUCUACAAGAUCCAAUUUGCAUAAAAAUGACAGAAAAGCAUCUGAUGCAGAGACGAAAAGGGUGGAAGACGGGGAGGAAGGGGAGGAGGGAAGUACCCCAAAUGUGGUAACGUACACUCCAGGAUACGAUUAUGUUGUUGAGGACGGGGCCUCGGAGGAGGAGGAGGGGAUUAUUGACCUGGAUCUGACCACAGCCACACAAACAGGUCCCCCUCCUGUGUCCACCCCCACAGCUCCCACCACGGCCGCCCACUCCACUCCAAACGCUGGGACACGGGCGACCCGUCCCCGAACCACAGCACGCGUCGACCCGCAGCGGCCGCGCACGCACGUGGUUCCCAUCACCACCCCCGCGUACACAGGCCUCCCGGUGUCUGCACGUGAAGGCUCCAGCACCGCGGCGCCGGCCCGCUCCACGUCCAGAGGCGCCAAGAUGAACCGAGCCGCCGGGAACCCCAGGAAGAAGGACUCUGCUCCUCCGGCUCCUCGGUCCAGAAGCAGUCGCACCAAAAACCCCCAAAAUCCCGCAAGGAGCGCCGCCAGCGGCCAAAGCAACCUGGGGUCCAGCGCUCCGGUCAGCGCGGACGCGUUCUGGGUCGUGGGAAACUGGAGCGAGUGCUCGACCACCUGCGGCGUGGGUGCCGUGUGGCGGGCGGUGGCGUGCAGCUCCCGGGAGGACCAGGACUGCUCCAGCACCAGGAGGCCGGAGCCGGCGCGCACGUGCCGCGUGCAGCCGUGUGCCGCGUGGCGAAGCGGCGGCUGGAGCAAGUGCCCGGACGACUGCGCGGCCGCAGGAAGGAGGUUCCGCGACGUCCAGUGCGUGGAUCCGCAGAGUAGACGGGCCCUCAGACCUUUCCACUGCCAGGCUGCGUCCAGCAGACCCCCCAGCUCCUCCACCUGCCCCCACAAGCCCUGCGUGCCCUGGGCCACGUCGCCCUGGGGCCCGUGCUCCGGCCGCUGUGGUGAAGGCACCAUGGAGCGGCUGGUCUACUGCCCGGAGCCUCACCGCUGCAGCGCCCGGCUGCGGCCAAACAGCACAGAGCUGUGCAGCCUGGAGCCCUGCACUCACUGGAAGACGGGCAGCUGGGAGGAGUGCUCUGCGAGCUGCGGCGGCGGCGAGCAGCGGCGCCAGGUGAGCUGCGUGAGCGAGCGGGAGUCCGCCUCGGUGCCAAAGAGCCUCUGUGAGACGGGUUCCGAACCAGAGGCCCGCAGGAAGUGCAAUGUGCAGGAAUGCAGGAGCCGCACAGGCCCGGUUUGUAGGAAGAACACCAUGAGCUCCCGCUUCUGUGACAAGCUGAGGCUGCUGGGCCGCUGCUCACUCAGGUCCGUCCAGCGACAGUGUUGUGUCGCCUGCGGCUCAUAGUCGAACCGGACCCGUCCCAGCGUCAGGACCUUGACAUGCGUUUCCAGGACGAAGCCAUGUCGUCCACAGACGGACACGUCCAAACCUGGAUCGACAGCUUUAUUUUUACGUAUUUAGGUUUUUACAUUUUAGAGACGUUUGAGAGAGCAAACCAAAGCACGUGUGACGCAUCACUGCUGUUUUUAGCCUGUUACAAGCGUCAGAGGAGCUGAAGUUUUUAGACAUGUAAUAUUUGUUUAACGCUUCUGACGGAGACCAAACAAAACACACCACGAAACGAAUGGGAUUUUUAUUUGGUGCUUUUACAGCUGAGGUGCUCGUCAUUCGACUACUCAGAUUCUAGUUUCUUUCUGUGAAAAUAGAAUAUUUUUGUGAACGUCUGGGUCAAAUCGUUAGUAGAUAAUGUCUGUUUCUACUCAUACUAAGCUGUUUGGCUUUGUUCUGUGUGUUGUCGCUGUGUGUUUGCAUUAUUCUGGGUACAUGUUCCUAUUUUACAUUGUGUGCAAGCCACAACUUCGAUAACUCCGUCAGCUGCAGACCCUGUGUUGCUCCUCUGGUGUGAACUUGACCAAGGACGAAGAGGUGUUGCAGGACAUCCCUCUCAGGUCACUGUAAAGACGGCUGCUGUACAUCAUCACUGCAUCACGUCUUCUAAGGUUUUCAUUUACAUUAAAACUAAAAAAAAAAAAAAAAUGUGACAAAGCUUCUCUGUGACUAAGACCUGAAAUAAAUUUAAAUGUUAUAA